AUGUCAUUUUAUCCUUAUCAACAACAGCCAUACCAACAAGAACCACCUAUGAUUCACCAUCAACAGCCACCCUCAUCAUCGGCUAUGGAUUACACCCAAUUCAAUGGAGCUGGUGGUUCAACACCAACCAUAAUAGGGGGAAGUAAUAGUAAUGGUAGUGAUGGUGGUCCAACCCCAGGUCCAGGUCCAAUGGGAAAUGGUAUAAUUGAUGCUCCAAGUAUUGGAACUGGUCAAUUUUAUCAUCCAUCAACUGAUGAAUUCCUUCCACCUCAUGUUCAUCAACAACCACACCCAGAUCAAUUAGGUAUGGGUAUUCAACAAAUGCCACCACCACCACCUCAACAAAUGCAACAAGUGAUUCCACCACAACAACAAUUAGUUGAUUUUCUGCAAGAUAAUGGUGGAAUGACCAUGGCCAAUGUUAACGGUACUAAUGGAGCUGGAGGUAAUUCUAGAACAGUAUAUCUUGGGAACUUACCUGGUGAUAUUUUACCUAAUGAAUUAUUAGAUUAUGUUAGACUGGGGAUUUUAGAAGAUGUUAAAAUCAUUCCUAAUAAAAACUGUGCAUUCAUUUCUUUUAUUGAUACCAAUUCUGCAUUAUUAUUCCAUUCUGAUUGUGUUUUAAAAAAAUUAUGUAUUAGAGGCCAUAACAUUAGAGUUGGAUGGGGUAAAGAUAAUCCAAUCUUACCAUCAGUUUUAGAAGCCAUUCAACGUGAUGGGGCCACCAGAAACGUUUAUUUGGGUAACUUGGGUGCUAAUAUCAACGAAGAAGAAUUAAGAGAAGAUUUAUCUAAUUUCGGUUUAAUUGAUUCCAUCAAGAUAAUACCUGAUAAGUCCAUUGCAUUUGUUCAUUUCUUGAGUAUUGCUAGUGCUGUUAAUUGUGUUAACAACUUGUCUAGUAAAUUUGAAAAAUACGACAACAAAAAAGUUUUCUACGGUAAGGAUAGAUGUGCUUUUAUCACCAAGACUCAACAACAUAAUGCUGCCCAAUAUUUAGGUUUAGCUCCAGGUAUGGAACAUAUUGUCACUGCUGCUGAUAGAGAGUUUAUUUCUAGUGCUUUGGUUCAACAAUCUGCUGCUGCUGCACAAAUUGCUACUCAAGCUGGAGGUGCCAAUAAUUUGGGUAAUAGAACCGUUUAUUUGGGUAAUUUGCAUCAAGAUUCAUCUGUUGAAGAAAUCUGUAAUGUUGUUAGAGGUGGUUUAUUACAAAGUAUCAGAUUCUUGAAAGAAAGACACGUUUGUUUCAUUACUUUUAUUGAUCCGAUUGCUGCUGCACAAUUUUUCGCCAUGUGUCAAUUACAUGGUUUAACCAUUCAUAAUAGAAGAAUCAAGGUUGGUUGGGGUAAACAUUCUGGUCCUUUAUCAAAUGCAUUAUCUUUGGCUGUUUCUAAUGGUGCUUCAAGAAACAUUUACAUUGGUAACAUUACUGACUUUGAAUACUACAACCCAAUGAAAUUAAGGGAAGAUUUCUCCAAAUUUGGUGAUAUUGAACAAAUUAAUUAUUUGGAAGAAAAGAAUUGUGCAUUUAUUAAUUUUGUCAAUAUUGCUAAUGCUAUCAAAGCAAUUGAUGGUAUUAAAUCAUUUGAAGAUUACAAGAGUUUAAAAAUUAAUUUCGGUAAAGAUAGAUGUGGUAAUUUACCACGACAAUUCCAAAACCAAGGUUUACCUUUAGGUGGUGGUGCAUUGGGUAUCAUUGAAGAUGGAUCUGAAUUCAGAGAAAGCUCCCCAUUUGAAUAG